CCAACCUUUCUUUCAUAAACUACAAAAGUAUGCCAAAAAAACCCGCCAAUAUACUAAACAAAUAACCCCUCUUAUAAGUUGUACAUCAGUUCCUCUAUCCUUUAAUGGACGAUUAUUGGAAAGAAUUGCAAGGCAAAAGACUUCAUGAUCCGCUCAUCCAAAACCAAGCCGACCCACGUAGUCAAAUUUUUGUUCAAGGGCCUCUCAUAGUCGGUGCCGGACCGUCGGGGCUAGCCACCGCCGCAUGUUUAAAGCAAAAGGGUAUUCAAAGUUUGAUCCUUGAAAGAGCGGAAUGCAUAGCUUCAUUAUGGCAAUUCAAGACUUAUGAUCGUCUCCGCUUGCAUCUCCCAAAGCAAUUUUGCCAACUCCCAUUCAUGCCUUUCCCUUCAAAUUUCCCCACUUACCCAACAAAGCAACAAUUUUUAAGCUAUUUGAAAGCUUAUGCUGAUUAUUUUAAGUUGGAACCCGUGUUUAAUAGCACGGUUAUAAGGGCAGAGCGGGAUGAGCGAUGUGGGUUUUGGAAAGUGAAAUCAGUUAAAGACGAAAAUAAGGUUAUUGUUGAGUAUUUUUGUAAGUGGUUGAUCGUUGCAACUGGUGAAAAUGCUGAACAGAUUGUUCCUCAAAUUGAAGGGUUGGAGAUAUUUGAAGGACCUGUCGUUCAUACUAGCUCUUAUAAAACGGGUGAAGUGUUUCAUGGGAAGAAAGUUUUGGUUAUUGGUUGUGGUAAUUCUGGUAUGGAAGUUUGUCUCGAUUUAUGUAACUUCAAUGCGUCACCUCAUCUCGUCAUUCGUAAUUCGGUGCACAUUUUACCUCAUGAGAUAUUGGGAAGAUCAACAUUUGGAUUGUCCAUGUGCUUACUCAGAUGGCUUCCUAUGCCUAUAGUGGAUCAAUUUCUUCUUCUUGUUUCACGUUUGAUAUUAGGAGAUACAGCUAAAUUGGGGCUUCAUCGUCCAAAACUUGGCCCUUUAGAGCUCAAGAAUCUCUCUGGCAAGACGCCUGUUUUAGAUGUUGGCACUUUUGCAAAAAUCAAAUCCGGCAAAAUUAAGAUUCGUCAAGGAGUUACAAGACUAACCCAUCGUGCCGCCGAGUUCGUCGACGGCAGCGUCGAAAAUUUUGAUGCUGUCAUUUUGGCCACUGGUUAUAAAAGUAAUGUGCCCUCUUGGCUAAAGGGAAGGCAUAUGUUUAAUGAGAAAGAUGGGAUGCCAAGGAAGGAAUUUCCAAAUGGAUGGAAAGGAGAAAAUGGACUAUAUGCAGUUGGGUUCACAAAGAGAGGGUUACUUGGAGCUUCAAUGGAUGCUACAAGAAUAGCUCAAGAUAUUGAACUUUGCUUGGAAAGCUGAUGAAAUUGCCUUUAAUUUUAAUGCUCCUUCACUCACUCUAUUGUAUUGCCUCAAUCAUCACUCCAAACCCACGAUUAAAGCAACCCCUUUUUAGCUUACAAUUACAAAAGUAAUGCACUUUCAUUCUUGCUUUUGUCACUUGUGGGGUUCCAAAAAAACUCAAAUUCAUUGGAAAAUAUCUUUCAAGGGAAAAAAAAUUGGUUUAGAUGUCAGCUUUCCUAAGUGUUUCUUUGUUAGAGAUUGAAGCUUUGAAUAGUAGAAAAGAUAGAGAAAGCACUAGAGCUUGCUAGUUGGUAUGUUUCUAUACUUCUAUUUAUAUUGUUUAUAAUCAUGUGGAUAUAUAAUAUGUUGUAAUUUAAUUUGAUUCUAUUUACUACCAUAUGUAAAUAUAUAGAUAUAAAUGGGUGGGAGGGAUUUGAGUUUGUGACUCUUCCAUUUUGUAUCAUGUACAAUUUCAUACUA